AUGCCCUUUUCUACGGGCGAGGAGAAUCUGCUCCAGCUGAAUCAGGCCGACUUUGACUUUAACGUGCAGUUCGAGCAGCUAUUCUUCUCCAUCAUCCCAUCCGUCUUGUUCAUUGUGACCUCGCUAUGGCGGACCAUAUCUCAAGCGCGGAAACCCACCGUGGUGAACGCGCCUGUAUUCCAAUUGAUUAAACUAGGCGCCAUCACAACAUACGUUGGUCUCGAGCUGGCACUCCUCAUCCUGGUGGCAGUGGGCUCGUUCCGCGCAACCACCAUGUUUGUGGCUGCGUCGGCCCUCAAACUCGUGUCGGCUCUGGCCAUGAUCACGCUGAGCGUCGUGGACCACAGCCGCAGUCCACGGCCGUCGGUCCUGCUGAGCAGCUACUUGUUCCUGACGCUGCUCCUCGACGGCGCGCAGGCCCGGACGUUGUUUUUGCUGUCCGCCUCGGACAAACCAGAGCUCACCUACAGCAGCAUCUUUGCGGCAGCCAUGGCCCUCAAGGCUGCUAUCCUGUUGCUCGAAGCCCAGCGCAAGUCCAGAUGGGUGAGCUGGCCGGAUAAUGAAGGCGAAAAGGAGCACAGCCCCGAAGAAACGAGCGGCAUCUUUUCCUUGGGCGUCUUCUUUUGGCUGAACCGACUGUUUGCGGAAGGCUAUAGCAAAGUGCUCGGCCUGGCCGAUCUAUACCCGCUGGACCGCUCCCUCAACGGCAGGCUGCUCCAUGACGAAUUUUCCCGGACCAUGGACUAUGCGAAACUCCAGGGCGACCAGUACGGCCUCGUCAAGGUGCUCGUGCCGACCCUCAGAGUCCCGCUGCUCUUGCCCGUGGCGCCGCGUCUGGCUCUGCUGGGCUUUACCUUUUGUCAGCCGCUCUUUCUCGAGAAACUGCUGGACCACCUCGCCGCGCCACAGAUUGAGGACAAUGUCGGGUACGGCUUUAUUGGCGCCGCUGUUCUCAUCUACACGGGUAUUGCCGUCUCGUAUGCCUUGACGUCGUAUUUUCACCACCGCGCCCGCACCAUGCUGCGGUCCAUCCUGGUCACUGAGAUCUUUGACAAGGCGACCAAGGCCCGCAUGGGCGGCGGCGGCGGCACGAGCAAUGAUGAUAGUGCCGCGCUCACCCUCAUGAGCACCGACAUGGAGCGCAUCCGAGUGGGACUGGCCAGACUGCAUGAUAUCUGGGCCUCCAUCAUCCAAGCCGGCCUGGCCGGGUGGCUAUUGUACAACCGCAUCGGCCUGGCCUUUCUGGUGCCUAUUGGCCUAGUGACGGCGUGUUUUGGCGGCCUGGGCGUCCUCGUCAAGUUCACGGGAGACUCGCAGAGAUCGUGGAUGGAGCGAGUACAAAGGCGUGUGGGCCUGACGGCAACGGUGAUUGCCAGCAUGAAGAACCUGAAGAUAUCGGGUCUCUCCGGCGUAGUGGGAGGACUCGUCCAGGAACUCCGCGUCGUGGAACUGGCGGCGGGCACUCGGUUCCUGCAAAUCGUCAUCGUGGCGGCGCUCCUGGGGUUCACGCCGCUGCUGGUCGGCCCGCCGCUCACGUUUGCCGCCGCCGGUGGGCGCGCCCUGGACGUCUCUCGCAUGUUUACUAGUCUCUCAUACCUCUUGCUGCUCACCAGGCCCCUGGCGGAUGUAUUCCAGGCCAUACCGCAGUUCCUGUCUGCCCUGGCAUGCCUCGGCCGCAUCCAAGCCUUUCUCGAGUGUGAGACCCGGCACGACUUUCGUCGUGUCUUGGCAGACUUGAGAUUAAACUCGGAGAAGCCAUCAAAUGAGAGCGGUGCCUCGUCCGAGGGUGUGGCGUCGGUACACCCAAUCACUAUAGAAAAUGGCAGCUUUGGAUGGGAGCCCGACAAGUUUUCAUUGCGAGAUAUCAACACCCGCAUCCCCAAGUCCUCCCUCACCAUGGCCAUUGGCCCAGUCGGCUCGGGCAAGUCGACCCUGUGCAAAGCCUUGCUUGGCGAGAUUCCCUAUAGCCAAGGCAGCGUGGUGCUGAGUAACAGAUUUCCUCACGUGGGCUUUUGUGACCAGACGGCAUUUCUUUCCAACGGUUCAAUCCGGGACAAUAUCGUGGGCUUUACCCCGUUUGAGCCGAGCCGGUACCACGAAGUCAUUGAAGCCACGGCCCUAGCAUUUGAUAUUGCCACGCUGCCGAAGGGUGACGGGACCAACAUUGGCUCCGACGGCAUCACCUUGUCCGGGGGCCAGAAGCAGCGCGUCUCGCUGGCGCGCGCUCUGUACCUGCACUCGGACCUGCUGGUGCUCGACGACAUCUUUAGCGGUCUCGACGCCGACACCGAGGACCAAGUCUUUCGCCGCGUCUUUGGGCCCGAGGGGUUGCUGAGGCGGCGCGGCACGACCGUGGUAUUGUGCACCCACAGCGUCCGACACUUGCCGGCGGCCGACUACAUUAUUGCCCUGGGACAGGGCACCAUUGCCGAGCAGGGGACACUUGACGAGCUCAUGGCUGGACCGGAGGAGGGCUAUGUCCAGCGUCUGGGGCUGAGGAGCCCGUCCGACAGCGACGUUACCUCCGACGCGUCGACGCCAAAGGAUAGUGGUGGUGCGCAGGAGCCCGCGUCACUGGUGCUCGCUGCCACGACGAGCCAUGCCUCCUUGGCGGCUCCCAAUGUGGACGAGUCUCGUAAAGUCGGGGACAAGACGGUCUAUAAGCAUUAUAUUAAGAGUAUGGGCUGGUUUUUGGCAGCUUGGAGUUUAUUCUUUGCAGCGCUGUGGGGAUUCUUUACCAAUUUUUCCACCGUUUGGCUAACCUACUGGACCGACGAUGCCAAUUCUGCCCACCCGAAACACGGCUAUGCCUACUACGCCGGGAUAUACGCCUUGCUUCAAAUCAGCGGCAUGAUAUCGCUGUUACUUCUUGGUGUGGCCUUGUUCAUUGUUUCGGUGAAAAGGGCAGGCGCCAAUCUUCACCAAGAUGCUCUCAAGACAUUGAUGCGAGCACCUCUGCGAUUCUUCACCAAGACGGAUACUGGCGUCGUGACCAACUUGUUUUCGCAAGAUCUGAACCUUAUUGAUACCGAGCUGCCAGAUGCCGUCUUGAAUACCCUGUUUUGUGUCUCUCAAGCCAUUGGCCAGGCAGCCGUCAUGCUGACUUCCUCUCCAUACUUGGCUAUCAGUUAUCCGUUCCUCGGUGCUCUGUUGUAUAUUGUACAGUGGUUCUACUUGAGAACUUCUCGACAGCUGCGGUUGCUCGACCUCGAGGCCAAGAGUCCCCUGUACACUCAUUUCCUCGAUACACUAAAAGGCAUCACAACCUUGCGAGCUUUUGGAUUCAUCCCCAAUGAAAUUUCGAAAAACUCGCACCUGAUCGAUUCUAGCCAAAGACCAGCCUACCUGUUGCUCAUGAUCCAGUCGUGGCUGAAUCUCGUCCUGGACCUCGUAGUCAUGGUCAUGGCGGCCGUGCUGACGACGCUCGCGGUCCGCCUGCACUCCAACGCCGGGUUUGCUGGCGCCUCUCUCGUCACCCUCAUGAGUUUCGGCGACAACCUGUCGGGUAUUGUCACGUACUGGACCAAGCUCGAGACGUCCAUUGGAGCCAUUGCCCGGCUCAAGACGUUUAACGAGACGGUCGCGCCAGAGGACCAGGAACAGGAGACCAUUGUGCCGCCUGAGCAGUGGCCCCAGAAUGGUGCGAUAGAGCUCAAGGGUGUCUCGGCGAGUUAUGACGACAAUGAUACAAAUGGCGCACCACCCAAUCUGGCACUGCGCGACAUCCACUUGUCUAUCAAGCAAGGCGAAAAAGUCGCCAUCUGUGGACGCACCGGCAGCGGCAAAUCCAGCCUGGUGGCGCUCCUCCUCAAGCUCCUGGACUCGGUGCCCGAGACGGCCGACGAGGCCAUCAUCAUUGACCAGACGCCUCUGCGCCGCGUGGACCGCGGCGCCCUGCGCCAGCGCCUCAUUGCCGUACCCCAGGAGGCCGUGUUCCUGCCCGACGGGUCCACCUUUCGGCGCAACCUCGACCCCUCGGACAGCGCCGCCUCGUCAUCGGCAGAGGCGUGCCGAGAUGUCCUGGUCGCCGUCGGCAUGUGGGAUUUUGUCCGGGAUCGCGGCGGUCUCGAUGCGGGUAUGAGUCCCGGGACCCUCAGCGCCGGGCAGCGGCAGCUCCUCUCGCUUGGUCGGGCUUUGCUGCGGCGUCGCGUGCGAGCGGCGCAGGGACUGGGUCUAGGCUUGGGUAGCAGCGGCGGGGGAUCCGAGGGUGGAGUGCUCUUGCUCGACGAGGUGAGCUCGAGUGUCGAUCACCACACGGAAAAGGUGAUGCAAGAUAUCAUCCGGACCGAGUUCCAGGCUUAUACGGUGGUUGCGGUCAGCCACCGGCUAGACAUGAUAAUGGAUUUUGAUCGAGUUGUUGUCAUGGAUACCGGAGAAAUUGUAGAGGUUGGAAAUCCAAUGGUACUUGCGGGAGAGGAGGGGACGAGAUUUGGUGACCUGGUUCGGGCUGGUGGCUUGUAG